AUGGGCCAGGGCAACGUGCACAGCCCCACGGUCUCGGGGCAGGGGAGCAGCAGUGACAACAACAAUAUGACGAUGAACAUCGGCGACGACCCCUGCGCCGCGACCUUCCCGUUGUACAACGCCAAAUCCGCGAACACCACUCCACGGAACACGUUUCUGCAUCCCACCGUUCCCUCUGCCAGCUCGGCCUAUGAGCCGAACAUCCUCACCAGCUCCAGCGCACCGGAGUACAAUAACAUUCACACCCUCCGACUCUUUCGACUCCCCCACUCGCCGCCGCUGAAUUCGAAGCACAAGAAUGGGCGGUCGCAGCAGCACGCAGCGGCCGGUGCUGGUGCGAAUGCGAUGAGUAAGAACUCCAUAAGUGACCUUGUCUCGAUGCUGCCGCAAGCGGCGUGCUCGAAAGCCGAGUUGGACUUCAUCAACGCCACCGCCGCCUCCGCCGCGGAGGCGCAUCAGCGUCGCGAGGCGCAGUAUGUGGACAUGGUGGCCCGCGCCACCGAAGAAGCCGCAACGGUGCCGCCUGGGGAGCUGGAAGUGCUGGCCUCCGGCUUUCUGUCGUUUGACGACUACGUGUUUGUGGGGGAGACGAUCAUGGGGCUUUCAAGCCUGCUCCUCUUCGAGAACGAGCAAGCGAUGCAGCGCGUCAACGCGGUAAAGGGGCAAGCCGGCUUGGGCAGCUCGCACAUCUCCCCCAAUACACCCGUGACAUCGCUGGGGGAGGGCACGGAGCACGUCCACAGCGCCGGCGUGCUCCUCGGCAAGAUUGCCGCGGCGGAGGUGUCGACGCUGCCGUGGCCGGUGAUACGUGACGCACUGACGGUGCAGAACCGUGCCCGCUUCCGCUCGAUUGGCAGCGUGUCGCCUGCGACGCUGCUGGCCGGGCCGCUGGCCAUGCUGCAGAAGCACCAGUCCGCCACCUCCUACAAGUCGCACGUAACGUGCGUCUCCCACGUGACGAACCUGACCAACGUGACGAACGUGGAGAACGUCCGGAGCAACAGCACCACCGUCUUCAACGAGAGCCUCCGCCUCGACGGCGUCAGCGCCGACGACAAGCAGAGCGCGUCAACGAGGGACGACACGUCGACGCCGGUAACGUCACCCGCCGAUGCCGCGGUAAUCGAACCGGCGACGCCCUCUGACUUUGCAAGCAUGGGUGCGUCGCUGCACGCGACCAUCCUGUCGCCGUCGAGUGCCACGCCCAAUCACACCAGGACGAACACCAACGCGACGGCGGCAGCAGCAGCAGCGUGGCAGCAGCAGCAGUUGCUACCGUCUGCGCCGGCCUCAAAAUUCGCGUUUUCAGCGUCCGUGUCGAUGCCUUUCGAGGCGGAGCCUGUGCGUCCGUUGUCGCUCGACGAUCUGAGCAUCAUCACGAGCCACGACGAGAUACUGGACGUGUUUUUGCAAUCGAUGACGAAGAAGAUGCGCGGGCUGUCGAAGAAGUUGCAGGUGCUGAGCCCCUACCCGGCCUUCCGCUACUGCAUCUACACGCUCAUCCUUAACAUGGCGGUCGCGUACCGGUAUGGCGUGCCGACCCCAAACCCGCAGCAGGGGCAGCGCCUACAACGGUUGCUGGACCAGCACCUCGCGGGACGCGACAGAGGGAGAGGAUCGCACAAGGCGUCCGUCGCGGCCUCCGGGAACGGUCAAGGGGGGUGGGUGACCGCGGAGAUGGUGGUGCCGCCGCCGCCGAGCGCAGAGGAGAUUCGUUCGCAGCAGGCGCGCGAAGACGCCAUCAACGUCGUCGGUGAAGACGGCCGCCGGCUCUUCGAGGACACGAAAGAUGUCCUGCUGAAGGCCCUCACCGCCUUUGCGAAUGCAAUGCCACUCGGCAUCGGCUCGCGCAUCAACAACAACUACCUGCUGCCGACGGAGCCUAUUCUGGCCGACUACAUCGGCUGCGGCGUGUACUCGCGACGUCGCAAGGAGUUCUUUGUCUCAAUGGCUGAUCGGGUGAAGCUGUUGGAGGGUCAUCGCAGCUUUCAGACGCCGGAGGCGAUGCUGCUGGGGAUCAGCCAGCUGUCGAACCUCGCCUCGCAGAUACUGGCCUCCUUUGUGUUCGGCGUGGUGCUCGCCUUCAUCCAGCGCUGGCGCGAGCUCUUCGAGGCUGGCAUCACGAGAACGGACGACAUCGUCGACAUACUGGAAAUGUACGCGACGGAGUACUGCAAAGGCUUCGACAUCAUGUGCAACGAGGCCUUUCCGGCGCUGCGCAAGCAGUACCCCAACGUGUUCGUCGUGAGCUCGUUUAUCAUUCGCGAGGAGGAGGGCGGUCGGCCACCGAUGCUCACCGUUGCCUUGUCCGCUAUUCUGAAGCUGCUGUUCAUGUUCGCUGGUGGACUGGAAAGCAUCCGCGCGGACGAUCGGCGGCUCAUGGCCGAGGCGCUCAAGGAGGAGCGGAAGCGGCGAGAGGGAGAACGGUACCCGUCGAUGGGCGCCGCCGGCCUCUCCAGCACGCAGUCGGCCUCGGCCCUGCCCAAGAUAAACGCCAACGGGCACCGCCUGGAGAUGAGCUGCUCCCUGCCGAACGACGCCCACAACGCGUCCCUCACCUGCGAUCGCCAUCACAGGGUAGGGGGUGGAGGGGAGGCCAUGAGCGCCUCCCAUCGCUCGCAAACAAGCAGUAUUGACCGCCUCACGAACAGCAACUACAACGCAGACGAGGAUAUCAGCACGCUCAUGACGGACGACGUGGCUCUGGCCACCGCGCUGCAGGUGCGCUCCGCCUCGAUGCUGGUCGUGCUGGGCGCGGUGCUGUCGAGGGAUCCAUUCAACACACAGCCGCCGACCACGCACGAUUCUGCCCGCAUGGCCCACGCCGUGAGUCGCAUGUGGCGCGUCCUCUUCCAAACGGCCGGCUUGCUGCCCUUCGGGUCCUCCUGCCCGACCGAGAUGAAGAAGUGGCUGCCGCUGUUCCCCAUGUACGCCGUCAACUCCGAGGCGAAGCGCGAACUGCUGCAGAUAUACGCGAGAACGUCGUGCAUGAGCCCGCUGUUCAUUGGGCCGAUACAGCGCGAGGACGUGCUGCAGUCGACGGCAGGUUUCGUGACGGAGGUGGUGCGCACCAGCAGCGACGUGCGAGCUGCCGCCAACGGCGCCGGCACGCCAGCACUGCCGGCCAACACGCCACGGGAGAGCGUGUUGCAGGUACCCUUGAUGGAACUCGGCAGCACGCAGCACGCGGCCAGUGAAGACGGCACGCUGUCUCGCGCCUCGACCGACGCGACAAAGGAGCAGCACUCGGUGAGCCGCCUCGCCGCCGUCAACGUCUCGCACCGCAUUAUUCCUAUUUUUGUGGUGACCGCCAAGAAGGCCGGCUCGACGGCGCCGCAGAUGUUGUACGGCCUGCGCAGCGACUCCAAGUUUGACCAAUCCCAACUGAACCCGAUGGUUGCGACGGAGCUGCGGCAGGACCUCUUCGACCUUACCGCCCGCCUCGUAACGCAGCCAUUCUGCCCGUCCAUCAACUUAUCCAAGGCGACGCAGGUGCUGCCCCUGCCGGGUGGCAUUGCGAUGUUCCCCACGGACAAGCUGGUGGACCACUCCCCUGCCACGCUAGAGAAGCUGAAGGAGUACAAGGACAAGCUGGUGGUCGUCGUUACGUGGCGACGGGCUGCCACCGUCACCGCAGCAGCGCACCGUAGCAGCCGGACAGCGCGCAUAUCACAGUUGUCCACCGGGACGGACGCCAACGCCAACGAAGUCGAUCCGUCGUUCAACAUACCCUGCCCGAUCCACCCUGGGGACGAGAUCACGCUUCGCUGGAGCGACCCGACGGGCAGGCCGCGCGCCGAAGCACCCGGGAGCACCGGCGCGGAGGCUGACGGCGGUGACACGGCAGCGGGGCUGCUCCCGCUCGCUCCGCAGCGCCACGCCGUCGUAACGGUCCUGCGCACCGUCUCGUCGUCCUUUCAGUGCCUCGUCGUGCUCAGCGCACCCAACUACAUCGCCGCCUACGUGGCCCGUCGCGCCACCGCUGCCUCCGCGGCAGCCGACCAAGCAAUGGCGUCACACACCACGACUGUGUCGCCCACCACGACGGUCUCGCCGGUGUCCGCCCAGCGCCGGAGCAGCUCUGUUCCCACCAACGGCAGCAGGGGGAACGCCCAUCGCCGGCACAGCGUCAUGUCACUGCAGUCUUUGGGUCUCGCCUACCUCGAGGACGCCGCAGCGGAGGCGCCGGUCAUUACGGACAUGCUGCACCACCGCCGGCAGGCCUCGGUGCUGGUGCGCGACGGCGACAAAGUCUGUGCGUGGACAAAUCUGCAUUGCAUGUCGUCCGACAACACCUCCCCGCAGCCGUCGCCGGCCGAAAUCGAGCUGCACCCCGCAGCGGUGCUGAACCGCUCCUCCUCCUUAGUGACCGUCAAUGCUAGUGUACGCACGGAGAAUGCAAUGCCGAUGCUGCUGGGUUGGCUGAUGGGUCAGUCCAUCGGCAACGAUGUCACCUUCACUAUCCCGCUGCCGCCGCUGGCGUUUCGAAUUUUAAGCCUCGCCGUGGAUCUUGAGGAGUCGCUCGAGGAGGAAGUGCACCUCGAUCCGGCCGACUUCUCGCUGCAGAGCCCCGACUACACGAAAGCAGAGCUGUGCACCCACCUCCUGGAGGCAAUGCGGAAAGCUUUGCCGUCUCCGCUGUCGGGGAGCAAGUCGACCUCGGAGGACCUCCUCCACUGCUCUGGCAGCCUCUCCGUGUCGCGGCGGCAGUAUCAGCAAAUGACGGCGCAGCUGAAGGACGCCCUCGCAUCGAUGGCGUGGAGCGGGGAGACCGGCAGCGACGCGGUGGCCCGUAAGUUCUGGUCCGCGGUGCUGCAAGGCCUCCGCCAGACACCGCUAAUUGAAACGACGCUGUUCUCCCAGUGCUGCGCCCGCACGCUGCGGGAGGUGCUGUGCGGUCCGUACGACCACGUCGACGUCGACUUCUCGUUCCGCGCGUCCUUCCUCCUGCUCACGAACAUGAACGCACCACUCGUCACCUAUCGCGUUUUCGUCCGCAAGUGCAUCAAGAAGGUGCUCGAGGAGGAGUUCUCCAUCUCGGAGAAGCGCCUCCUGCUGCGCUUCAUUACAGGCCAUACGCUGCGCAUCAAGGCCCCGUAUCAAGAACGAAUCUGCCUGCACAUUCCCCACACCUUCGCCGCCAUGCCGGAGGUGACGGAGAGCCGCCGCAGCACCGUGCUGGCUACCGCCGCAGCGAGCGCGGACAAGAGUAUUACAAGCAUGAAGAGCGACUCGGAAGCGGCGCCGUUGGCUGUCCCGACGGCCGCGCCGCCGUCGCCGCCGGUGAACCGAGCUGCAAUCGACAUGACGCUGCAGCUUCUGCCGCAGGGCCGCUCCACCUUGAACACACUAGUCAUCCCGAACUAUUUCGAGGCGCUACUGAUGGGCUCCUACCGCGCCAACGUGCUCGGCGCCGGCUUCCCGUGGAUGCAGCGACACGGCGGUGGCGGUGGUGGCAGCAGCGCUGAUGAGUCUCGCGACAUCGCGAAGGAGGCAGUGGUGCUCGAGGAGGAGGACUUCCAGCUUGCCUGGUCGAGCCUCACGCAAGCGCAACAGGAGGCGAUGAAGCGGUGCUUCCGUGAGCUGCUUGUGCGACGUCUCCGCGCCUCGCUGUACGCCUUCCUUGUCGGCCAGGACGACGCGAUUGAGGAGUCGUGGGAGCUCGGGGAAAAGCUUGGUUUAGGUCUCAGCCCUGGCCUGAUGAACGAGGCGGUCGACGGGUUGACGGCCAGCAGCCCGAGGAACGCGCCCGCUCUUGUUGCUGCUGCUGCUGCUGCUGCCGGACGCGUUGGUGGUGCCUUUAUGCGCCGCCGCGACGGCAUUAUCGUUUUCAUCGAUCACAACAACUACGGCGCGGUCGAGAUGGGGGAGUUGGAGGAGCUCCCGUUUGACGAUGACGACGACGCGGAUGAGAUGGACUCGACGGCGGGCACGAUGCUGGAGGGUGAGCUGAGGCUCGACAACUCCGUCUUCGGCCUCUUCGGUGAGGAUGGGGGCACGGAGGGCCGGGCCUCGUUUAAGGGCUUCCGCUGGAGCCAGCGCGGGUCGCUAGCGUCUGAGAAGUCAGAGACCCCCACUGACACGCAGACACCGCAGCUGCAGUCACAAGAGGUCGUGGAAGACUACCACGCAGACGGAGUGGAUCUCAACGGCUACCACACCGCCGCAUCCUUCCGCUUCUUCGACGACCCCGUUAUCCCUCCUCCUGCGCCCCCGCCUCCACCGGCGACGCCAACAACGAUUGUGGAGGAAAACGACUACAAUAUGAGCAACGAUGCACCGAAGAACCUCGCGGGACAUGCGAGGAAAAAAUCGAUCCUUGUCACGCCGGGCACGACGACGACCACCACCACAGCAGCAGCAGCAGCGCCAGCGGUUGCGGUAGCAUCAGCAGCUGUCACUUCCACCGACAAAGAUGCGCCGCGCCCCGGCAGCGCUGCUCUCGCACCGAUGGCCGUCGCCCCUCGGCGUCGUGUUUCCAUUAUCCCACCUGGAUUGGUUACGUGGCGGGAGCAGGCCCGCGCCCUACGCGCCAUCUCCACCACCCAGCCCGCCACGAAGCAACCGGUUCCCUGCACACUAGCCAGCUGGCGCAACUUCAAGGCGGCUCACUCGCGUAAUGCACCGCGUCUCUCGCCCUCGCAGGGGGCGCCGGCGGCCACGGCGGCCACGGAGACGGCAGAGCUGGUCGCGUCACAGGACAAGAACUCUCUCGAGGACUCGCUGAAGGCGCACAGCCAGCUCAGGGCCGAGGUAGACUCCGGCAUACGUGCGCUCUUUCCAGAGGAGGACUUAGGUUUGUAA